GACCUCGUCCUCAUAAAUGCUCCAUUACUGCACACCUGGCCGUGUGCGUACACACUCUACAUACCGAUACUUUAAUAGUAGAGAGAGGGUCUCCAAUAGGGUAGAGCGAGAAUUUAAAUGGCAGACUCCGUGUUUUCAGAGGCAAUGCUUUAAAAAUCCGUCAGUUACUGUUUAGAUAGGUGGGUAGGCAGGCAGGCAGACAUAGUUGAAAGUGUGGCUGAGCUGGGUGAGCGUUGGGAGGUUGGGGUGGAAGUGAGGCUGGGUGCUCUGCUCGGGUCCUCUACAUGACUCUCGUUUUACUUAAUUAUGCCCCCCAAGAUUUCAUCCCUGUCUCUCACUGCCAUUAACUCACUCCCAAAUCAUGCCGAUAUAUAAUCCUUUGAUGCUUUUCUUUUCGGCCGUUUCUCUUGUCAUCAUCGUUUGAGAGAGAGAGAGAGAGAGAGAGAGAGAGAGAAAACGGGUUCAUUGGGGUUUUUUUAACUUCCCCAAAUGAUAUGCUUAUUCUGCGUCCACCAUACUCAUAUUUCCUUAAAACACUGCCCAAAAUUCUAGUCUUUCUUUGUUUGUUUGCUGUCAUGUUUGUAUGAAGGUAAAUGCUGUAUAGAGGGGCUGUUGGUGAUUCACUUGCGCAGCAUCUUGGCAAAUACUGUGGGAGAACUGCGAGGGUGUUGAGGUUUUUGUGGUAGAUAGAGAGAGUGGGGUUAGGGAAGAAUAUGGAGUACGGCGGUGGAGACGGCGGGGACCCCCACGAUGCCUUCUCCGAUCCUCAGAGGAGGAAGAAGCGCUACCAUCGUCACACUGCUCAUCAGAUUCAGAGGCUCGAAGCAAUGUUCAAGGAGUGCCCUCACCCAGAUGAGAAGCAGAGGUUGCAGUUAAGUCGGGAGCUAGGCUUGGCUCCUCGGCAGAUCAAGUUUUGGUUCCAGAACCGGAGGACCCAGAUGAAGGCCCAACACGAAAGAGCUGAUAACUGUGCGCUACGAGCAGAGAAUGACAAGAUCCGUUGCGAGAAUAUAGCAAUUCGAGAGGCUCUCAGAAAUGUCAUAUGCCCAUCUUGCGGGGGUCCUCCAGUUAACGAAGAUUCCUACUUCGACGAACAAAAACUCCGAAUGGAGAAUGCACAGUUGAAAGAAGAGCUUGAUAGAAUAUCUAGCAUUGCGGCUAAGUACAUUGGGAGGCCAAUUUCUCAACUCCCUCCAGUGCAGCCUAUUCAUGUAUCUUCACUGGACUUGUCAAUGGGAAGUUUUGGAGGCCAAGGGAUUGGUGGUCCUUCCCUUGAUCUUGAUCUUGAUCUUCUUCCUGGAAGUUCAUCAGCUGUGCCGAGUUUGCCUUUCCAGCCAUGCCUUUCGGACAUGGACAAGUCCCUCAUGACAGAUAUUGCUGCUCGUGCCAUGGAAGAGUUGCUAAGGCUUGUGCAGACCAACGAACCCUUGUGGAUGAAGUCCGCUACUGAUGGGAGGGAUGUUCUCGAUUUUGAAAGCUAUGAAAGGAUUUUUCCAAGGGCCAAUUCUGACUUGAAAAACCCCCAUUUGAGAAUCGAGGCAUCUAGGGAUUCAGGAGUUGUGAUCAUGAAUGGUUUAUCAUUGGUUGAUAUGUUCAUGGACUCGAACAAGUGGGUGGAGCUAUUUCCCACAAUUGUCUCAGUGGCAAAGACACUUGAAGUGAUAUCAUCUGGAAUGUUGGGUAGUCAUAGUGGCUCUUUGCAACUGAUGUACAAAGAAUUGCAGGUGCUUUCACCAUUAGUACCUACUCGAGAAUUCUAUUUCCUCCGUUAUUGUCAGCAAAUUGAGCAAGGCUUGUGGGCAAUUGUAGACGUCUCUUAUGAUUUCCCCCGUGGUAACCAAUUUGCUUCUGAGUCUCGAUGCCACCGGCUUCCCUCAGGAUGCUUGAUUCAAGACAUGCCUAAUGGCUACUCCAAGGUUACUUGGGUGGAGCAUGUGGAAAUUGAAGACAAAAACCCCACGCAUCGGCUUUAUAGAGAUCUUAUUCACAGUGGGUUGGCAUUUGGAGCUGAAAGAUGGCUUACUAUUCUUUGCAGGAUGUGUGAAAGAUUUGCUUGUCUUAUGGUGACGAGCUCUUCUACCACCCGGGAUCUUGGAGGAGUGAUUCCAUCACCUGAUGGCAAGAGAAGCAUGAUGAAACUUGCCCAAAGAAUGGUCAACAAUUUCUGUGCAAGCAUAAGCACAUCUAACGGCCACCGGUGGACCACCCUUUCCGGGAUGAAUGAAGUCGGAGUUCGAGUGACUGUCCAUAAGAGCACAGAUCCAGGCCAACCCAAUGGCGUGGUUCUUAGUGCGGCUACUACGAUUUGGCUUCCAAUUUCCCCACAAAAUGUCUUCAGUUUCUUCAAGGAUGAAAGAACCCGAGCACAGUGGGAUGUUCUCUCCAAUGGCAAUCCCGUGCAAGAGGUUGCCCAUAUAGCAAACGGGUCGCAUCCCGGGAACUGCAUAUCUGUGCUCCGAGCUUUCAACACAAGCCAGAACAAUAUGCUGAUACUUCAAGAGAGUUGCGUAGACUCUUCAGGUGCACUUGUGGUGUAUUGCCCCGUUGAUCUUCCAGCUAUAAACAUCGCAAUGAGCGGUGAAGAUCCUUCAUACAUUCCUCUGCUACCUUCAGGGUUCACCAUUUCACCCGACGGUCGUCCAGAUCACAUGCAGGGAGGAGAUGGUGCAUCAACGAGCUCUAGCACGCACGGGAGCAUGGGUAGGUUGGGCAGUGGUUCUCUAAUCACAGUGGCAUUUCAGAUACUAGUGAGCAGCCUGCCUUCUGCUAAACUGACUUUGGAGUCGGUGACGACUGUUAAUAACCUUAUUGGCACCACUGUCCAGCAAAUAAAGGCUGCCUUGAAUUGUCCUAGUUCUUGCUGAAUCUGCUACACACACCCUUUUUUUUCAAAUUUUUGUUUGGCUCUACCAUCCUUAAAUAUACUGAUCAGAAAAGGUUCAGUCUCUUUGUGCUGGGUGGGUUACAUUCAAUGCUGGAGAAGUAUUAUGGGUUAGUUGGGACUUUGAAUGCACUCUCAUCAAGAGCUGGAGCUGCUGAUUAUUUACUACUGCUGCUGAUGCUACUGCUGUUGCUGCUUUUUUGGCUGCCAAGGUUCAUUACGUUUUAACACAAACUACAAUUUUCAGUUUUUUGGGCAGGGCUUAUUUCUUUUUUUCUGUUUGUUGUUUUAAUAUUUGCCUUUUGGAAGAGUAGAAGUCUUAAAAAAGAGGAAGUCAAGAACGCACCAUACUUCUGUAAUUCUUGCUGGGUUUCUCUCAUGCUUUUUACCUCUCCACUUGCCUCCAUUGAAACUUCACAACACCCCAAGAAAAAAAUGUAUGGUUCGGGUAUUGACUUCUGUUCAUGUACUUCUUUUAAUCCUGUAGAUGAAUUAUUCUUGUCUUA